AUGGGGGCGUUCGCGCUUUGCGUUCUACUCGCGCUCGCCGCCGCGACCACCGUCCCCGCGGAGCCGAUCGACCUGGCGAACAAGUCGCAGCUGACGAUCCUCAAGUGUUGCCGAUACGGCGAGGAGCUGCGACAGGUGGACAACGACGGGAGCGACGAGGACGCGUUGCCGCGCUGCGAGCGGACGGACAACCGAUGGUCGCCGCUGAUCUUCUCGCCCGCGCGUCAGACGCUCGAGGAGGAGCCGCCCGCAGACUGGCACGUCGUCGACGGCCGGCGUCCGGUAUGCGACAAUCACUCGGAGCUGGUCCACGUACCCUACCGGCAGUCCAACCCGUUUAUCCUCCUCGACAACGGCGACGCGGUCCUCGAGGUCAGCAGCACCAUUUCUGCCGGCCACUACUGCGCCGAUUCGAAGGCCCUGCUGGUGUGCAUGCCGAGGAAAUCGGCAGGUAGCCACGCCGCUGCGACCAUGAGACCGCGAGUGCGACGGUGCUGUGGUGAGAACGCCAGCUUUCACGAAUACGGAAACACUUGCGUCUUCAUAAAAGAGACUGCGGAUGCACCACCUCUGCUGCCAAACGUAUCGUCCGCUAUCGAGAUCGUGACCGGAUUCCCGACCUGUCCGAAAUUCGACAAUUUCACGAUCGUCGGAAACGCGAUGGACGCUACCCUACAGCCCGACGGCAGUUUGGAAGUAAACGGGGUUGUUUUACCUACCGGCCAGUUUUGCGUGGAGAGGAUUAAGGAGCUCAACCAGAUUUCCAAGGUGUUUGCCUGUCCGGAACACGCACCACAAAGACCUGCGGUAAAAGCGACGGACAUCAGAUUCACCCUUUAUCCAGUGGGCUUCAUCAUUAGCGCCGUUUUCUUAGCUGCUACUUUGGCUGCCGGUUGGUUACUGCCGGCCUCUCAUCACGUUCUGCACUGGCGUUGCCAGACUCAUCAUGUCGCUUGCCUAAUGAUGGGCGAUAUUCUUAUGGCCAUCAUUCAACUAGCCGGGGAUUCACUUCAUGGUGCAAGCUGCAAGGCGCUCGCGAUUAUGGCGCACUUCUUCUUCCUGGCUGCUUUCUUCUGGCUGAAUACGAUGUGCUUCAACAUUUGGUGGACGUUUAGGGAUUUGCGACCAGUGAGCUUGGAGAAAGGUCAGGAGACCCUCAGGCUCAGGGUCUAUGCGUGCUACGCUUGGGGUGGGCCCUUCCUUGUCGCCGGUCUGGCAGCCCUUCUCGACCAUCUUCCACCUCAACCGGAGUAUACGUUUCUGAGGCCCCGCUUUGGAGAGAAGCAAUGUUGGUUCUACGGUGACAUGGAAAUUCUGGCGUACUUCUUUGGUCCCAUCGGAGUGCUGUUGGCUGUAAAUCUUAUGUUUUUCGCAGUAACUGCUCGCGAAUUGACGUGCGGUCUCUGGAAAGGCGAAUUCGUGAAGAGCACCACCGAGAGAGCGACGUUGGGCCGCAUAUGCAUGAAACUGGUGAUCGUGAUGGGCGUCACCUGGGUCGCCGACGUGGUUUCAUGGGCUGUUGGCGGGCCGCAGUACAUCUGGUACUUCACCGAUCUGAUAAACGCCUUCCAGGGUGUACUGAUCUUCGCGGCCGUCGGCUGCCAGCCGCAGGUCCGAGCGGCGCUCAAGAGAUUCUUCAGCAGGAACCCCCAGACCAAUGCUGGCAGGCAGGGUAACGGGCACAGCACGACCAGCCACGGGAUGCCCAGCAUGGGGGACAGCGUGACGCAAAAUCCCAGCACCAAAACCGCACCGUUGGAAACCAUUUGCUAGAACGACGGUUUGGCAAUCGAACAACUGCGUCUAGCGUCGUUACGAGGGUCCCCGAAUGCGUCGUUUGUUGUCGCCGCGCGCGUUCAGUUCAGGCCAGAUAAGCGCAAUGAGAGCAAUUCGAUUUGAAUCGCGACUGGAACCCACCGAGAGGUGGCUCGCGGCUGCAAUUUGUCGUUCAACGAAGUUUCACGGGAAACUUACACGGUGACGAGCGAAAGGGUCGUAACGGAAAGACCCACGAGCGGUCCUCUAUUCACCACAGGGGACCAGCGAUUUGCGUCGGCAACUUGUUCACUGUCGUACCGCGUCUCUUCCAUCUUACUUUUUCCUCGCGCGUAAUGUUGCAACUCGACAAGUUACAAACGAGACGCCACCGUCGUGUGUAAUAACGUCGGGCUUAAUCGACCUAAGUAUCGGAGGAUAUUUCCGCAAGAUCGAUUCGGCAAGAGCCUCGGGUUCGUCGACCGGCAAAGGUCGGGAGGACCUCGUUGAAAAUGUUUUCUUAUUGACAUUUCCCAGACAAUACGCGAGCUCGAGGGAGGCCCGGGAGAUGUCUGGAGAACAUCCGAGAGCGUUUAGAGCGCCUUCCGAACGUAUUCUAGAUAUGUUUCGUACUUUCUCGCUGUUUGAGUUCUCGCAAUUUCGCCCAGUGGUCCAGAGAAAUAUUAUUUUACGCUUUAUCGUAUCUGGCCGUAAAAUUUCACACGAAAAUACGGAUUUGUAUUCGUAGUGUGAGACAAAAAAAAGAGAGAAAGAAGGGGUUAAUGGCAAAGAAACGGAUGACACAGCGUUUAAAUCCGUGUACAUGGUAUGGAUCAUGUAAUUUUUCCCCCAGGGCGGAAACGUGAAAAGUGAAAAGUUUCAAGUUACUGUCUCUUUCUAUUCAACACCAAUAGAAAGAAAUAGUUACAUGUAACUUUUCACGUUUCCGUCCUAAGGAAAAAAUUACGUGAUCGCUGUCCUGGGUAAGACUUCACUUUCCAAUCGCGAAACGGUCGUUAACUCACUAUCUCGAGCAUCAACUGUCGAGCGAGAUGCAAUCGGAAAAUCAGCAACGCGCGUACAUACGAUUAUCUGAAACCUCGACGGGUAGCUUCCGGGAUGACAGUAGCUUCUCGUCGGGCGGGCGCCGACAAUCUAUCAGAUUGCACGAGGCAGGGCGGCAAACAGGCGGCAUCUACAGUCAUUGGAUCUGGAAAACUGGAUGCAUACGCGCCCGACAAAGAUAGAUCGUGAAAUUUCGCUGCAUAACGAAAGAACGCUAAUUGUCCAUUCCCGUUUUGGUACAGCCGGACCUGCCGCCGCCGCGAUCCAUCUUCUCUGACAUAAGCAAUUACUCACCGUACGCAAUUAACAGAAACUCUUUGCCACGAAAUCUCGUCGAUCUCUCGCAUUUCACAACAUUUUCAUGGUGUGCGCUUUCCUUUUUCCUUACGUACUGCAUACGUAAUAUCGAAUGGCGCGAGAGAAGGAUUUGAUUCGGAUUUAUGGUACCACGGAUCACCGCUGAAAACUUUGAAUUACGAUAUUUUAAGCCGGGCUCGACGGCUCUCGCACUCGAGUUAAAGUAUCACAAUUCAAAAUUUCUCUCGGCGCUCUAGCUCCGACGAGACACUAUGCAGAUGUCUGUAUACGUUCAACGUAUCUAUCACAAACAGGACGCGAGAAGAAGUGCAGAACGUUCGAGGCGACGGCGUUAACCCGGGCAGCGCAAAUGUUUAAAACCACCGGCACGCGUCUAUUUCGAUCUGAUAUCCUUCGAGCCCCCGCGAGCUCCGCGUGGCGCACCGGCAUUUCACUGUGCUACGUGUUUCAUCUGUACCGCGAAUAUUUCAUUCGCCGAAUGUAACGGGCCCGAUUCGCGGACUGUUUGCAAUUAAAAAAAAAAAAAUUUCUUUUCCGUUUGUCCCCGAAGAGGGUGUCGCUUUUUUUCCGCGAGAUUUACCUUCGCCUGACGAUUAGGAAUACCAGGCGUGUCUUUAUGCAGCCCCGAGAGCCUAUUCGGCCAACGCAUCGUUCAUAAAUCAGAAUUUGUAAUGGCUCUAUGCCGCUAAAACAGACAAUGACGCGUACUCUUCGGACCUCGGUAGCGCGGGCAGAAACAAUGCGUGAUUUAUGAUCGAGGCGAGUUAAUAUUCUUUUUUUUUUUCUCCAACGGACAACGAUAUUCAUUGAUAUUAAUAAUAUCGGCUCGCGACUAGCGCAAGUGUUCCCCCUCCCUUCCCCCCCCUCCCCCACGAGAUUAAUCACUUUUAACAAUGGAACGUCGUAGCCUACGCUAUUACGCGGCAGUUUUGCGUUUUCUAAAACGAUUUCACCGUUUUACGGCAAGUUUUUUGACGACCAGUUUUUUUGAUAACGCGACCUUUUUAUGCCAGCAAUUCUUUGUACCACGUGAUCUUUGCUAUCUAUUAAAACACGACUUUUAUCCGUGUAAAAUCUUUCGACUGAAACGAGAAGAAAGUAUCGCGUUACCGUCUACUGUGACAAAAGUAAAAUUAACGUUCGACGAGAGCGAAAUCGGGAGGGCAGUUUCUUUGUGCCUAAUGAUCAUUAUGCUCUCUCGAGAUUUGGAUUCGAGAAUUCGAGACGAAACGACGAGCGAGCCUUGGCCUCGCGUUCGUUGCGCCUCGUAUACUAUUACUAAAAAGACGAUCGAGAGUUCGUCAUGGGUUUUCCUUCGGAGUCCUUCCUUCCUUCCUUCCUUCCUUCAUUAUUCAUCGGAUGUUAUCGAAUCUAGAAGCAAUCGUUUUUCCGUUUCCCUUAGCAUAAAUCUGCAUCGGCGUCGUUAGCCGUCUGGGCCUAGCCCAGCAUUAAACAUGCAACAUCGUGGCUCCCACAAUUUAUCACUGAUCAGUCGAACGGUCCUGUUUCGGUUCGGUACCGAGCGCGUGCAG